UUGUUUAAUUUGGCAGAACUUAAGAUAUGGCAGAAGAGUCCUCCAAAAAAGAACUGAAGAUUUCUUUCGAUGUUGAACAUGCUAAAUGCAGCAUUUGUCUAAAUAUUUGGCAUGAUGUUGUCACAGUUGCUCCUUGCCUUCAUAACUUCUGCAAUGGUUGCUUUUCGGAGUGGUUGAGGAGGUCUCAGGAGAAACAUUCUACUGUUCUUUGUCCUCAAUGUAGAUCUGUCGUGCAAUUUGUUGGUAGGAAUCAUUUUCUGCAGAACAUUGAGGAGGAAAUACUACAAAGCGAUUCUUCUUUGAAACGCUCAGAUGAAGAACUUGCACUUCUAAAAUCCUAUGCAACUGUGAAAUCUCCUCUUGUCAUUAAUGUUAGACAUCGGAAGAGGCCUCGUUUAGCACCUGAAGAAGAUAGUAAUAACACAGAUCAGCCAUUGCCAUGCCUUCAAUGUGGUACCAUGCUUAAUGGAUUCCAGUGCACUCAGGACACUGUCCAUUUACAGUGUCAAGCAUGCUGGGGAAUGAUGCCUUCUAGAGGCACAAGUGUACCACAGCACUGCUUUGGAUGUGAUCGAGCUUUUUGUGGCGUUUAUUGGCAUGCACAGGGGAUAGUUGAAAGUCAAACUCAUCCAGUUUGUAAUCGAGUAACCCUCAAGCCAAUAUCUGAAUACUCAAUUACUAGCAUUCCAUCUACUCUGCAUGAGAAGAAUAGACAUGAGCAAGACGUUACACAAAGGACCAUCACACAGAUGGGGAGAACAUUGCAAGAUGUAGUAUCUGAAUGGAUUGCUAAGUUAAACAACAGAGAAAUUGAUCGCACGAGGAUGCCUCUGAAUCAUGCAGAAAUGGUAACUGCUGAUACACAUAUUUGCAAUGAAUGUUUUGACAAGCUAGUGUCUUUCCUCCUGUACUGGUUUCGGGUUUCAUUGCCAAAACAUCAUCUUCCUACUGAUGUAUCAAAAAGGGAGGACUGCUGGUAUGGGUACUCUUGCCGAACUCAACAUCGAAAUGAUGAACAUGCUCAGAAAAGGAAUCACGUUUGCAGGCCAACUCGCGGAAACAAUUAGCAGCUGAACCAGUUAGACUCUCCCCAAUCAUCCUUUAGUUUUUUUGCUUAAAUUUCAAAAUUUGGGAGUUUGACAAACUGAUUUUAUCACCAAUACUACUAUUUGGUGGCUUUGUAAUCUCGGUGUGAAAUCACUUUUAAUUCCUUUUGCAGACUUAACUUCGACAUUAACUUAUGAAUAAUGUAACAAAAUCUGUCCUAUCUUUAAAGUUUGUUUGGAAUGUUAUAAUUUUUACAU